GAGCUGAAGGGCUGCGGUAUGCGGUCCUCGGUGGGCUUUCUGUCCCGCAGAGAGCUGACCGGGCAGCCGCUCAUGAAGGAGGAAUUCCAGAGACGCAGGCUGGCCGGCUGCACCAGCCUCUACAAGAAGGAUAUGCUCGGACAUUUCGGCUGUGUCAACGCCAUUGAGUUCUCCAACAACGGCGGGGAAUGGCUGGUGUCUGGAGGAGAUGAUCGCCGGGUGCUGCUGUGGCACAUGGAGAAAGCCAUUCAUGCUCGGUCCAAGCCUGUGAAACUGAAGGGGGAACACCUGUCCAACAUCUUCUGCCUGGCCUUCGACAGCACCAACAAAAAGGUCUUCUCUGGCGGAAAUGAUGAACAGGUGAUUCUUCAUGAUGUGGAGAGGAGGGAAACUCUGAACGUGUUCCUGCACAUCGACGCCGUGUACAGCUUGUCUGUCAGCCCCGUGAAUGACAAUGUGUUUGCCAGCUCAUCUGACGACGGACGGGUUCUUAUCUGGGACACUCGCGAGCCGCCACACGGAGAGCCGUUCUGCCUGGCCAGCUACCCCUCGGCCUUCCACAGUGUGAUGUUCAACCCUGUGGAGCCCAGGCUGCUCGCCACCGCCAACUCCAAGGAGGGAGUUGGAUUAUGGGACAUCCGCAAGCCCCGCAGCUCGCUGCUGCGUUAUGGAGGCAGCAUGUCCCUGCAGAGCGCCAUGAGCGUUCGCUUCAACAGCACCGGAACGCAGCUGCUGGCGCUGCGCCGCCGCCUGCCGCCCGUCCUCUACGAGCUGCACUCCCGCCUGCCCAGCUUCCAGUUCGACAACCAGGGCUACUUCAACUCCUGCACCAUGAAAAGCUGCUGCUUCGCCGGGGACAAAGAUCAGUACAUCUUGUCUGGGUCGGACGACUUCAACCUCUACAUGUGGAAAAUCCCAAAGGAUCCAGAAGCAGGAGGCCCUGGUCGUGUGGUGAACGGGGCUUUCAUGGUCCUGAAGGGUCACCGCUCCAUAGUGAACCAGGUCCGCUUCAACCCUCACACCUACAUGAUCUGCUCCUCCGGCGUGGAGAAAGUCAUCAAGGUGUGGAGUCCCUACCAGCAGCCUGACAGUCUGGGUGACCUGGAGGGCCGCGUGGAGGACAAAUCACGCAGCCUCUACACCCAUGAGGAGUACAUCAGCCUGGUGCUGAACAGCGGCAGCGGUCUGUCCCAUGACUACGUCAGCCAGUCCAUCCAGGAGGACCCGCGCAUGAUGGCGUUCUUUGAUUCGUUGGUGCGUCGAGAGAUCGAGGGCUGGAGCUCGGACUCUGACAGCGACCUGAGCGAGGAGGCCAUCAUGCAGCUCCACGCGCGCGGACGCCGCACUACGCGGGCCACAAUAACGGUUCCAACCACGACCACGACCACGACCACGACCGCCGGUCACCACAGCGACUCUGACAACUCGUCCUCCUCCUCUCUGGCUGGACCUGACGCCUCAGGAGGGGAGGAGCAAGCCAGGGCGGAGGGGGAGGAGCGGCCCAGGCGACGUAGCAGGCAUCAGCGGCAUCAGUCUGGCUUUCUGGUGAACGAAGACUCUGACUCGAGCGAGUUUUGGCUCGACCCCAUGCCCCGCCCUCGCUCCCCGAGCCCCAGGGACAACUCCACGCUGUCCAGCCCCGCCUCCUCCCCUUCACUUCCUGCUGGAGCCUCCAGCUCUUCCACCUCCACUUCCAGCUCCAGCAGCGAUGACGAGGAGCGGCGCAGCGCGGUGAGGCGGCGCAAUGUCAUGAGGCGACGACGCAUGCAUGUGGUCUCCAGAGCCGGGGAUCGACCCGAGUCUGUGCAGGCUUUAUUUUCAGCUAUUGACUCCUGCAGUUACCCGUCAAUCUCAAUCGAUGACCUGUCUUCCUCCUCGUCAGGCGAGGAACAGAACUCUCUCCAAAUCAAGCCCCAAACUGGCGGCGCCGGAGAAGAGGAAAAAUGUCUGAGCCCUUCUGACUUUGUGUGUUCGAGCCCAGUAAUGUCCCCCGAGAGCCAAGAGAACGAGGAAGGGAGUGACAGGACUGAGCUGGAAAGACGUCCAGCUGCGUCUCUUCAGUCGCUGGACAGACACAGGACUGAAGGGAGGGCUGCCACAGAGCCGGCUCUAGACAGCUCCGACAGCGGAGAGGCGUGCAGCAGCUCAGCAGCUGCAGACAGUAACUCCCAGAGCCGACGACGUAGCCCCGGAGUGAACGGGCAGCACCGGACUGUGGCGUCAUACGUGAGCGAGAACCUCUAUGUCUCCUCAGACUCAGAGGGAGAGACUGGCGUCACACCUGGAGACACCCGGCCACGGAGAGAAAGAGGCCCAGCACAGAGCGCUCUGAAACGGACUCAUGUGGGAUCAGAGGAGGGAGAAUCAGGGUCCUCACCCUCAGAAAAGAAGUUAAAAACAUAAUAACACAUCUCUUCAUCUGAGGACGACAUCAUUUGUUAACAGACUUCAUUUAGAAAGUGGGUUUUCUAUGGGUUUUUGCAACUCAGCUUUUUCAUUUUGCGUCUUGUUGUCGUGUGACACAUGAGCUUGCACUGCUUAAGAGCAGAAGAGGUUAAGCAGCUAAAAAAGAAAGUGUGGUUAAUUUUUGUUGCAGAACAAAUGAUUUCGACCUUGUCAUCGUUCUUCAGGUCAAACCACAGAUGACAUUAAAAGAUGGGAAAUAUAAAACAUAAGGUAAAUAUUGUUGAUAACAAUGGUAUUUUAAGUGAAAUGCAACAGCUACUCAUUUACUUUCAUGCAGAAUCAGUGUUUCUUUCUCAGUCACGCUCUGGUUGUUGCAGAAAGCUCCACCCAGGAUUUGGAGCGCCUCCAACCACAACAACAAAAAAAAGAAAAAAAAAAAAAAAAGGUCUUAUGGAGGACAAAGGCUUUGCAGCGUUUUAAUUUCUACGGUUUCACACUGAGUGUUAAUCUGAUAGGGCUUAUUCUCAUUUUUUACGAGAUUCUCCGCCGAGACUCCUUCAGGGUGCCUGAAGAAUUGACUGUGUCUCCAUAGAAAUCCUGAGGAGUACCAUUUGUUUAAGCUGUGCAUUGAAAUGAUGCUUUCAGUGUCUCCACCGAUUGUUUUUUUUUUUUUUUUUUGUCUCAUUAUCCAGCCCUUGGGUACCAUUACAAGUCAGCUCGCUUAUGUUUUCUUGCAAUUAAAGAAUAAUUUGUUCUCCAGUGACAACGCCACAACGUCUUCCUGAGCUUUUGCUCAUUCAGAGUUUGGUUUGUUUGGAGAAAAGUUUUUACAUAUUCUAUCAUAAGUCCAUCUGAAACGAUGAAACGUUUUAUUGCAGAUUUUGAGUCCUCCGGGUACCAAGUACUAAACCAAGUUGCCGUGGCAACAGUCAACUCUCCUGUGAAAUAAACGUGAAGCCUGUUCAUCUGGCCGUGACCCUGAGCAACCAGUUUCCACCAGAGGAGAAUAUGUUAUUGACUGAACCAAAUGGCCGUCUGUGCUUUCAGUAGGAGAACAGUCUCAGCUGUUGUCAUCAGUCUGACUCUGAAUUAAACAUUAACGUCACUCAGAAUCACAACAUUUGAUCAAAAUGUCAGAGAGAGUUUCAUUACAAAUAGUUCAUGUCCUUCAUUUAAAAAAACUACACGGAUACCAUAAGGAAAAUACAGAACCGAAGUCUCUUGAAAAAUGUGUUGAAAGCAGGUGACAAAGCAAGCAAGGUCCAUUUAGUAGCUUUUCUCCAGCUUUCAGUCAUAUCCUCUGAUCUUUUUGCUCAGAUAUAAUGGAAUUAUAUGUAGAUGUUCACGUCUCUUCCAAACUGGUUAAAUAUUGGCAUUGAAAGUUCAUUCUUCACAGAACUACACUUUGACAAAACAACAUCAUCAUGAGAAAAAUGUGAGUUUUAGAAUCUACAGUGACUUAACAACUGGACAAAACCCCGUCUGCGGAGGAAGACCGUGUGAUAUGACCUUGUUUUGUCGACUACUGUUU